AAUUCUCAUGGAAUAUGCUAAACGACCACGUUUACCUCCACCUUUUAUUAUUAUUUCUUAUAUCAUUAUGUUAAUAAGAAGUUGUGCUUCUCGAUGUUUACUAAAAUUAAAAGAAAAUACUGAUAAGAAAAAUAGUUCUACAAUUCGAAUUCUUGCACAAUCAAUUCCAACAGUAAUAAAAAAUGAUGAUACAGAUGAAUUCAAGGAUACAUCCAAUGAAGUAAUUCAAAAUCGUUCAAUAUUCCAACGUUUACUUAGUUGUAAACCAUGUCAAAAAGUUAUAGAAAAUCAUAAAAAUAAAGUUAAUGCGGAUAAACGUAAAUGGGAAAAUAAUGAAGCUAAUGUAUAUUGGAAAUAUAAAGCUAAAGAAUUUUAUGCUAAAACACAAGAAACUGAUAAAGUACAAGGAAAACUUGAUAAUUUAUCUAAAUGUACAAUAAAUAUGCAAAAAGAUAUUGAUAUACUACGAAAAUCAUUACGACACAUUAGUGAUCGUGUUGUUACAUCAGAAAAAUUAUUGAUUGAUUCACAAAUAUUACUUGAAAAAAUUCAUUCAACAAUUAAACAAGAAAAUAAAUCAUUACCUAUAUAUCAAAAAUUUAUUCAUAUCUUAUCAAGAGAAUCACCAUAUAUUUAUACAAAUGAAGCACGAUUUCCAGUUACAGAAAGACAUAUUCCUUGGAAGAUUUCAUUUGAUUUUUAUGAUCCAACAGUAAUUUCGUUACCAAAACAACAUGAUUGUUUUCAAGACUCCGAACGACUAUUUGUUGAACCCGAUUUAGCUAUUGAAUCAUCAGUGACAACAAUGACUGAUAUUACUGCUCCAUUAAUAGAUUAUAAAUGGAAUCAAGUUGUUGAAUCACAACUACCUGAUGGAAAAAAGAUUAUUAUUGAUCGAACAACUUGGAUUGCAACUUCGGAAGAUAAAAUAUCUUCAUUCUAUAGAUUAGAUAAUCAAUUAUCAAUACCUUUAAAUCCUAUGGGUCGUACAGGUGUACGUGGUCGUGGUGCAUUAAUUCGAUGGGGACCAAACAAAUCUAUUAUAGCUGUAAUAACACGAUGGAAAAAACAUCAUGAUCAAUUUACUGUUAUUGAUGGACAAAGAAUUUUAGAAACUUUAGUGUUUAAAGAUAAAUAUACAAAUGAUUGGAAAUUACCUGAAGCAAAAAUUUUAGGUAUCGAAUCUUCAUAUGGUGCUAUAUGUCGUAGUUUUCAUGAGCUUGCUUUUAAAGAUAGUGAUUCUGAACAUAGAUUUUCAUUUGAAGAAAGUGAUAUGAUUAAAUAUUUUGAAUCGUUUGCUUGUGUUUCUAUUUCUACUUUUGAACCAACUGGAUUUGAAUCUCAUAUGGUCUAUCGAGGAUACAUUGAUGAUCUACGUAAUACAGAUAAUGCUUGGGUAGAAGCAGAAAUAUGGAAUUUUCAUUACGAUUCAAACACAACAUUUCCUAAUUUGUGUCAAGAUGGUGUGGCAAUAUGGAAAGAUGUGACGAAUAAUUCUCGAGGUUUUCUUAUUCAAACAUCAAUUCUACGUGAAAUAGCUCGAAUUCAUCAGGCUUUUUUUGAGUGA